AUGGCAACAGGACAGUCUCACGCUGGCCUUCUGUGUGCGGCUCCUGUGCUUGGAGCAUGGUUCCGUGCAGUAACUGUAAGUUACUACUCAGAGAGUGAUGAAGUUAUGCUAAGAUUUGUUGAUUAUGGAGGUUACACUCGAUUACCAAGAAGCGAAUUGCGACAGAUUAGGACGGAUUUGAUGUUCUUGCCAUUCCAAGCUAUUGAGUGCUACCUGGCUCACGUCCAACCAAUUGAUGAAGACGAUAUUAGGAAGGCGUGGAAGUACUUAGUCGACGCUAGAAGAAGAAAGAAGCAGCACACAACUGGCUCACCCACCGUCAAAGAGUGGGCGUACGGCCAACAGAUGGCUUUUCUAGAUAGAACUGAGUUUAAAGGCUGA